AUGUCAAACCCCACACUUGUCAUUGUUCCCGGCUCUUUCGCCCCAACGAAGAUGUAUGAUGGCUUUGUGGAGAACCUCAAGAGUCACGACAUCAAGACAGUCGUCAUCAGCACCCCUUCCGUGGGUAGAAAAGAGGGUCGCUCACCUGCGACUAUGAGCGACGAUGCUCAAGAGAUCAGCAACGUUGUUUCCAAGCUGCUUGAUGAGGGGGAGCAGGUCGUGCUGAUGACGCACUCAUACGGCGGUAUCCCUGGAACUGAGAGUCUGAAAACCAUCUCGAGAAGGGCUCGCGAAGCAGAGGGCAAGAAAGGAGGAGUCGAAAAGAUUGUCUAUCUGACCUCGGUGGUUUUACAGCCCGGUACAAGCAAUUUUGAGGCGUUCGGUGGGACCCUUCCUGAUUCUCUAACUGUGGAGGAUGACUACAUGAGCCUCGACGUCGAAGCCAAUUCUUCCUUAACCUUUUCAGAUCUCCCUGCUGAGCAGGCGCUAGAACUAGCCAAGCAGAUGGAGGAUCACUCGACUCCAAGCUUCAAAGAAAAGUUGACAUAUCCUGGUUAUAACGACGUGGAGGUACACUACGUUGUCUGCGAACAAGAUAAAGUUAUCCCGCCUCAGUUCCAACGCCUUAUGAUUGAAGGUGUCAAGGCGUCGACUGGACGCGACGUCACAGUCUACACUCUGGAGAGUGGUCAUGUGCCUGUCACCAGUCAACCUGAGAACACGUCAAAGAUUAUUGAGAAGGUCAUCAAGGCUUAG